UUCUUGUCCAAAGCCACCAACAAAAACAAGAUGUUCCAAGUGCAAUAAGUUUCAUGCACGGAAUGAGAAUUGUCAGUCUGCAACUGUAAUGCGCGUGGGCACCUUGCAACCAAACAUGCCCUUCCUAAAGAAUAUUGUUGUCAGCUCGCACUGUUACGUCGCGUUCAUUGAUUCCGGAAGUGAGGCUAGUAUUGUGCGCAGGUCAGUAGCCAAAGAAAUUAAAGCCGUUCACAGCAAGUGUGCCAUGCAAAUCAGAGGCAUUUGUGGAGGUUCAUGUAUGUCAACCGAAGCUAUACAGUUGGAAAUAGUCAUCGAUGGAAAAAGUGUUUCCGCCAAAGUUUACAUUGUCGAAGAUAAGAUACUCCCAGAAGAUUUUCUGUUGGGCCAAGACGUCAUCGUAAGCGCUAAACUGUCAUUCGAUUUUGAGAAGAUCCAGUCUAGUGUCAACCGAGCAGUACCGAUGUCAGCAGAGCUUCCAUGCGAUAAUUUUCCAGACUUACUUCUUGGUAAUUUCGAGAAACAAGAAGUGAAGGACAAAAUGCGUGCGUUGUUGGAAAAGCUUCGCGCACAAAACGAAACUUCGAUUGCUGAUCUGCAGGCAAUUGGUAGUCAUGAUGAUAAAGAAAUAGUUGAGCUGCAGCAAUUAAUUGAACAGAGGACACAGCAGAUUGAACAGCUGCAAUUGGCGCAAAAUACGUUACGUGUUGAUGCACGGAUCACUGAACUUGAACUGAAGGAAGCACAUCAAAAGAUGGCAGAAAUGGAGGAAGAAUUGACCCAAUACCAACGUAAAGCGGCGCAGCGCUUGGAGGAACUGCAAAAGCUGCAGCAAGAAGAGUUGACUUGCAACUGGGUGGCAUUGACCAAGUACGAGGAGGUUAAGACACAACUUAUCGAGUUGCAGCGUUCCGUUGAGUUUUAUCAAGAAAGUGAAAAGGAACUUAAGCAAACGCUUGUUGAAAAUGAGCUGACUGCACGCUUGCUCAAAAAAGAAGUCGACGAGAGCACUUUACAAGCCUCCAAAGCUAUCGUGGAACGUACAAAAGCAUACAACGACAAAUUACAGCUAGAGAAACGUUUGGAAGAAAUGAAGGUGCAGCUGGCAUUGCUGCAGGACGAGCAAAGACUGCAGCAACAGCAGCAGCAGCAGCAGGAAUAUCCCCAUUGUAGUCGUAUCAAUAGCAUCGAUGCCUCCCAAUCGGGCUACACAUCUGAGGAUGUGCCAUUGCAAUUGGCCAAUAAUAAAGCCAACGCCAACGUAUAUAAAGUAGAUGAUCUUAUUCUGGUCGAGAAUGAGCCGUUUGGCACGGGUACCUCCCGCAAAUUGGAGCCUCGCUAUAAAGGCCAGAUAUCUAGUCGAAGAUUUGCCACAUGUUAAACGAAAGCAGAAACAUUGCAAAUCUGACUACUCUUCCGGCAAAAUGAAACAUUGGUGUCAGCUGCCGCCGGAUGAAUCAGACGAAGAAGACAAUGGCGAGAUCACAGCAAACGACUCUUGCGAGGACGCUGCGAUUUGUCA